AUGAUAGACAUCUGGGCGGACGAUGCUUCUACUGGUGAAGGCAUUGAUUUGUUAAUUGGAAAUGAUUUAUACUUCUCAUUUAUCAGAAAGAGUGUUGAUUUGGGAAAUAAUACUUAUCUAGUAGAUUCUGAUUUUGGUUGGUUCCUCGCAGGAAGUGCUACUAACAAUAGAAAAAGGGACAUUCUAUCAGUUGCUACAUAUUGCCAGUGUCAUGAAAUCAAUCAAGACUUUUUUACAGAACCAGAUCUUCCUCUGCGUACCAUAGAUGUCAAAUUUUUAUGGUCACUUGAGAGCAUCGGGAUAUGUGAUUCUCCAAAAACUACAUGUGAGGAAGAAGCCGUGCAGCACUUUAACAAUACUGUCAAAUACAGUGAAGGACGGUACCAGGUCAAGUGGCCGUGGAUAGAGUAUCCACCUAAAUUGCCUACUAAUUUUGGACUUGCCUUUGGAAGGUUAAAGGGUGUAUUACGGAGGUCAAAUAAAGAAGUCAUGACAGAGUAUGAGGAAAUCUUAGAGGAACAGCUUGAAGCGAACAUAAUAGAAGUUGUGGAUCCUACCAUUCCUGCUGACCAUCCAGUUCACUACCUACCUUUUCAUAUGGUUCAACAGAAGGGAAAAAGAGGCCGGCUGGUCUACGAUGCUUCAGCUAAGCUGAAAAACGAGAAGAGCUUGAAUGAGUGCUUAUACAGAGGUCCGAACAUGCUGGAAGACCUUACAGGAUUGGUACUGAAAUUUAGAAUUGGGAAAAUUGCUAUCACCGCCGAUGUUGAAAAGGCUUUUCUUCAGGUUGGUCUACAAGAAGAGGACAGGGAUGUGACCAGGUUUCUCUGGGUCAAAGAUCUGGAAAGGGAACUAACCGAAGACAAUAUCAUGCAGUACAGGUUCUGCAGAGUGCCUUUUGGAGUGAUAUCAAGUCCUUUCCUCUUAGCGGCAACAAUUCGAUAUCACCUUUCAAGGACUAACAAAAGUCUUCUUUCAGUGAUAGCAGAUAAAUGUUAUGUGGACAAUUUAGUAACAUCAGUUCAAUCAAGAGAAGAGGCUCUCAAUUUGUAUGCUCAAACUACAAACUCAUUCAAAGAAUUAGGAAUGAACAUACGAGAUUGGAUGUCUAACGACAAAGAUUUUGUAGACAAGAUUCCCGAGCAAAAGAGAGCUAAACAGGAAAGUGAAAUGAAGAUCCUCGGUUUGAUAUGGAAUUUGGAAAAUGACACCUUAAAGCUCAAACUGAAUAACGAAACCUUUGAGAGCGAGAUCAUAGACAGAGGUAUUACAAAGAAAGGAGUCUUGAGAGUACUAGCACGUCUGUACGAUCCAUGCGGGUUUGUGUCACCACUCAUGCUACCAGGAAAACUCUUGUUCCAGGAGAUCUGUACUAGGAAGUUAAAAUGGGACGAGAUUCUGCCUGAAGACUUGUCAACAUCAUGGAGGAACAUAAUUGAGAAUUUAAAAGCUGUUAAGAACGUAGAACUGCCAAGACAUGUCGCAAGUGGUUCAAAGUCGGAAUGUACGAAGUAUGAGCUACAUUGCUUCACUGACGCAUCUAUGAAUGCAUAUGCAGCAGUUGUUUAUCUGCGCGUCAUAACUGGAAAGCAAGUAUCAACUUCGUUUCUCAUGUCAAAAUCCAGAGUAACCCCAGCAGAAGACAAAAGUGAUCUCAAAAUUCCUAGACUUGAAUUGCUAGGGUAUCUGAUAGGAAGUAGACUUCUGAGGUAUGUUACAAGCCACAUAGACCUAAAUAUAUGCAAGAUAUAUUUGUGGACGGAUAGUCAAGUUGUCAUAGCUUGGAUCAAAUCUAGUAGAUUACUUCCACCAUUUGUAUCGAGACGAGUCAAUGAGAUCAAGCAAAUUAAGGACAUCUUAGGUGCAGAGCUGCGCUAUGUCAACUCAAAAGAGAACCCUGCAGACAUAGCUACCAGACCAGAAUUGUGGCAUCAGAAACAGGAUCUAUGGUUCCAUGGUCCAGAUUUCCUUCUACAAGACCAACGUGAUUGGCCUAAGGAGCAGAAGAAGGAAGAAAUGUGCUUGGCCGGGAGGGCUCUGGACACGGUGGAUGGUCCAGAGAUGACAAUUAAAGGCUAUGAAGACCAAGAUAGUGAUCUUAACUUUUCUGAAAUGGAGGAUAAUCCUGCAGCCACUGCACUUCAUGAAAGUUUGGAUUCUAUGCAAAACCCAUUAGACGAAGAGAAGUGUGAAGAGACAGUGACUGAGAUAAAGAAGUUACAAGAAAAAUUCUUUUCAGAAGAAGUUUCAGGAAAGGUAACCAGUUUGUCACGAAACUUAGGUCUCUUUGUAGACGAAGAUGGGAUCUUAAGAUGUAAAGGAAGGUUCGCGAAUGCUAAUUUGUCGUAUGAUAAGAGAUAUCCCAUUCUGAUUCCGAAGAAAUCGCCCUUCACAACCCAGAUAAUUCUGAAGACGCAUAGAGACAACUACCAUGUUGGGGUUCCACACACGCUAAGUAUAUUACGCGAAAAGUAUUGGAUCCCCCAUGGGCGUGCCCAAGUACAGAAAGCUCUGAAGAGAUGUUCGCAGUGUGAGAAGUAUUCUGGAGGUCCUUAUAAACUGCCACCACCACCUGCACUACCCAGUGAAAAAGUUAACUAUAGUUCUCCAUUUACCUUUACUGGAUGUCCACUAUCUGGGUCCGGUAUUAGUGGAAACAAAUACUGGUAG